AGGAGGACUGCGGGGAAACGAGCUGCUCCUUCGCUUCGCGCAGGGACGGAGACGGGGUGGCGCAGCCUAGCCGGGCGGAGGCGAGAACCAGAGCGCGGCUCCGCGAGGUGGUGUGCACCCGGCUGUGACCAUCACCAUGAGCGAUCAAGCUUUGAGCUUCGUGAAGGACUUCCUGGCAGGCGGCGUCGCCGCUGCCGUCUCCAAGACUGCGGUCGCCCCCAUCGAGAGGGUCAAAUUGCUGCUGCAGGUCCAGCAUGCCAGCAAACAGAUCAGUGCUGAGAAGCAGUACAAAGGGAUCAUUGAUUGUAUUGUGAGAAUCCCUAAGGAGCAGGGCUUUGUCUCCUUCUGGAGGGGUAACCUGGCCAAUGUCAUUCGUUACUUCCCCACCCAAGCCCUCAACUUCGCCUUCAAGGACAAGUACAAGCAGAUCUUCCUGGGGGGUGUGGACAGGCAUAAGCAGUUCUGGCGCUACUUCGCUGGUAACCUGGCUUCUGGUGGAGCAGCCGGGGCCACCUCCCUCUGCUUUGUCUACCCACUGGACUUUGCUAGAACCCGGUUGGCUGCCGACGUGGGCAAGGGCUCUGCCCAGCGUGAGUUCAAUGGUCUGGGCGACUGUCUCACAAAGAUCUUCAAGUCUGAUGGCCUAAAGGGCCUCUACCAGGGUUUCAGCGUCUCUGUCCAAGGCAUCAUCAUCUACAGAGCUGCCUAUUUUGGAGUCUAUGAUACUGCCAAGGGGAUGUUGCCUGACCCCAAGAAUGUGCACAUUAUCGUGAGCUGGAUGAUUGCCCAGAGUGUGACAGCAGUUGCAGGGCUGGUGUCCUACCCCUUUGAUACUGUUCGCCGUAGGAUGAUGAUGCAGUCUGGCCGGAAAGGGGCGGAUAUUAUGUACUCUGGGACAGUGGACUGCUGGAAGAAGAUUGCAAAAGAUGAAGGUGCCAAAGCUUUCUUCAAAGGGGCCUGGUCCAAUGUACUGAGAGGCAUGGGUGGUGCUUUUGUAUUGGUGUUGUAUGAUGAGAUCAAAAAGUAUGUCUAAUGGAAUUAAAACUCAAGUUCAUUGGCUCCAGA